CCCAACCGCGUGUGGGUUGGCACCUAUCAUGGUAGGGCAGUAAAAUCGUCAUCUGAGUCUGGCCAAUGUCAGAUAACGAUGCGAUCUGAUUCGGCUGCAGCUGGAUUGGUGUGGUCAGGUCCAACGUGUCCAGGGGAGAUAAUUGCAUGCGCGCGCGCGGGGUGAGUCCCGUGUGACAGGGUCGUCGAUAAAACUGCCUGACGAUCCGUUCCCCUUGAGACCCAGUUCCAUAGGAUACUUUACCAGGACUGGGUCAUAGACCGCGGCUUUCGGGUCUGAUUCGCGAUAUCUGCCAAGCCCAGACAAGCGCUUUCUGCCGCAGAGAUGUCCAUCAACUUUACAACACUGAUCAUUGUCGCGGCCGAAGAGAAUCCCGACAUAGUGAAGCGGCAGGUUGUUAUCACACAGACUAUCACAUAUCCCGACUCGACGAGUACAACCUUAGUGACUCUCGACCGCGGUAGUCCGCCAACUAGCUCUUCGACUCCGAGCUGGAGCGCGGGCGCUACAUCGUCAGAUGGCCUCGGACAGACACAGAUUGGUAUAAUAGUGGGAUGUUUAAUCGGUGCCCUUGUUCUAGGCAUAGUCAUAUGGUGUUGUUGCACGAAGCGAUGUGGGUGCAGCCGUUAUACCGCUUACGAAGACGACCAAGAGAAUGUGAUCUAUUAUACAGACGAGAUGGUAGACGUUACUCGACCAGCAGAUGCACACUUUCGCCGACCUAUACCACGGCCUCCUAGCCAAACAUAUGUUGCAACUGCUGAAGAUCCUACUGUUCCUCGAUGGACAGCCUACGAAGCGACACGGCGAUUUCGCCCAAACUACUAUUCCGGUUGAGAGACAAGCAACAUAUCUAAAAUUCAUUUCUUCUCAUUACAUAGUUCUCAAUCAUUGUCUUUCAAUCACUGGUCUUCUUAUUAUCUUCGAUUUGGGGAUAUUGAAGGAUUGACGGGUAACCCAUCAACAAGUCGGCUUUGGUGGCGCCCGUGGUAAUGAUAAUUAUGUGCGUAUAAGUAUAACAUAAGCAGAGGUGCAUAGGAGGAACUGGCUAAUAUGAUACCCGUUUUACAUAUGAAUAAUGUCUACAAGGCACCUUCAGCAGCCUCUGAGAUUAGGGGUUUUAGGAUGUUCAAUUCCGUCUAACAGUUAGAUAUUUACUAUAUGACAAAUUGGUCCAUUUAUUUUUCCAA